AUGUGUGGGGGUACACCAAAAGCUACAAAUGGCACAGGGGGACAAAUAGAAAGAGCAAGAAACAACGAUAUACCACUUGGAAAUAAUCUCUCUUGUACCAAAUUGGAUGAAAGGAUUAGAAAAUCUUUGAGAGACCAAAGUGUCAGCUGUGUGAACAAAGUGACUAGACUGCUGCAAAACAGCUGGUCCUCUUCAGAGUUUGACUUGAAUGAAAUCCGCCUGAUAGUUUACCAAGACUGUGAGAGGAGAGGCAGACAGGUCUUAUUUGAUUCCAAAGCAGUCCGCAAAAUUGAUGAAGCUGUGGUUCAGAAAAUGGCAGAGGAUGCUUCUGUAAAGACUUCUGCCAAGAACUGCCAAGCAAGCAAUGGGAACAACAAUAUUUCUUCCCAUAGUCCCUCAAUAAGUUGUAUGCAAAAUAUCAAAGAACAGAUACCGAAGUAUCAGUACACCAGACCAGCCUCUGAUGUCAACAUGCUGGGAGAAAUGAUGUUUGGCUCAGUAGCAAUGAGUUACAAAGGUUCCACCUUGAAAAUUCACUAUAUACGCUCUCCCCCACAGCUGAUGAUAAGUAAAGUCUUCUCAGCCAGGGUAGGAAGCUUCAGUGGAAGUAACAAUAACUUACAAGAUAGCUUUGAAUACAUCAACCAAGAUCCCAGCCUGGGAAAGCUGAGCUCGAAUCAGAAUGCUUUGGGAACCUGUCGCAGUGGAAGUAAUUUAGGUGUGUUACAGCUGUGUAGCAGCAAACUGCUGCAGGGUGUGUCUGAAGGAGGUCCCCUCCGGCUCAUCCGCAGUGCUUCUUUCUUUGCAGCACACAGCACGCCUGUUGAUAUGCCUAGUAGAGGACAAAAUGAGGACAGAGACAGCGGCAUUGCUCGGUCAGCAUCUCUGAGCAGCCUUCUGGUCACUCCUUUUCCAUCUCCAAGCUCUUCUUCAUCAUCUUCUAGCAGCUACCAACGUCGCUGGCUCCGAAGUCAGACAACCAGUUUAGAGAAUGGAAUUGUUCCAAGGUGGUCCACUGAAGAAAUGUUUAGUAUGGCUGAUGAAAGUUGCAGCUCUAAUCCUGCAAUGGUUCGGAGGAAAAAAAUUGCAAUCAGCAUAAUCUUUUCUCUGCCUGAAAAAGAAGAAGCACAGAGAAACUUCCAGGAUUUCUUCUUCUCUCACUUUCCUCUUUUUGAAUCUCACAUGAACAAGCUGAAAUAUGCAAUAGAAAAGGCCAUGAUCUCAUGUAGAAAAAUAGCAGAAUCCAGCCAAAGAGUGCAGGUUUAUAUCAGCCGUGUCAUGGAUGCCCUGGGAGAAUUCAGAGUUACCAUCUGGAACCUGUAUUCUGUUCCAAGAAUUGCAGAGCCUGUGUGGCUUAAUAUGAUGUCCAGCACCCUGGAAAAGAAUCAGCUAUGCCAGCGUUUUCUUAAAGAAUUUACAUUUCUGAUAGAACAGAUCAACAAAAAUCAGUUCUUUGCUGCUUUGUUAACAGCAGUGCUGACAUAUCAUCUGGCUUGGGUCCCAACGGUAAUGCCGGUUGACCAUCCUCCCAUAAAAGCCUUCUCCGAGAAGCGCACAUCACAGUCUGUGAACAUGCUGGCAAAAUCCCAUCCAUAUAACCCUCUCUGGGCACAGCUUGGUGAUCUCUACGGUGCCAUAGGCUCUCCAGUUAGAUUGACCCGAACCGUUAUUGUUGGAAAGCGCAAGGAGUUGGUGCAGCGUUUGCUUUAUGUUCUAACUUACUUCAUUCGGUGCUCUGAGCUGCAGGAAAAUCAGCUGACAUGGAGUGAGAAGGCUGGGGAAGGAGAGCAAGUGCUAAAUGGAAGCAAAAUCACAACUGCACUGGAAAAGGGAGAGGUAGAAGAGUCUGAUUAUGUGGUUGUCACUGUUAAGAAUGAACCUGCACUUGUGCCUCCAAUCCUACCUCCAAAGAAUGAGGGAAGUAAGAACAAUAGUAUUGCAGAGUGGGCACAUGACCAAGAAAGCACUCGUGUUCUCCCAGCCUCUUCAAAAGAAAAGAGAGAAGCAAUAGGAAAGGCCAGUCAGAACUCCGAAGCAUCUGUUGACUGUCUAACUAGCAGUUUCCGUAAAGGAGCAGCCGAUGGUAGGAAAAGAACUGUCACUGAUACAGGAAUCGUAUCCUACCACUUUGAAGAGCCAUCUAAAUUGGAGGAUUUAAUGGAUAUAAAGAAGAACAAGAACCAGAAUGAGAGAAAAGUAGAAAAGCAAUUGUCUAGUAGGUCAUCUGCCUUACCUUGUCCUGAGAGGUCCAGCCACAGGAAUUCACACUUAGAAAAGGUCACCUUUCAGAUUGGAAGUUCUGCAUCACCAGAGUCAGACUUGGAAACUCAUAGAAGAGAAAUGGAAGAAAAUAUGAAGGCAUUCAGAAAAAAUCCAGAGGUGAUACAUUGUGCUUCAAGUUCCACAAAUCUGACCAUGGAUGCUUCCCAGAAUCAAAAAAGUUGUGAAACUGCCUUUAUACCCUUCAGUAAACGUAAUGUUUGUUAUGCACAAAUCCCACCUUGUGAAGGGAAGGAGAGUAUACUUAACCAACAUAUGGAAAGUAAAGGAACUGAAAUUAAUUUAGUGAACACAGUAUCUAGUGAACCACUUUUGCCCACAGAUAACAUAGAAACUGUAAAAUUGCCAAGCCUGAAAGAAACUAGAACUUUAUGCUCUGGCAAUCUGGAGAACUAUUCCCCUGGCUGUGUAGAAGUAGUUUCUGCUGUCAAACCGGAUUCCCCUAAAGUAGGUGCUAAAGAUGUCCCCUAUGGGGAUGCUGGAAGGAAAAUCCCCUUCAGAGUUGAAGGGGACAUUCCAAGGAAUGAGAGUUCAGACAGUGCUCUUGGAGCUAGUGAUGAAGAAGGUGAUUGUUGUGUCCCUGAUGAAGUGCAUCGUGAUAAUGUCAGCAAAAGACUUGAAGAGUUUGCAGAAGUGGAACUUCCUUUACCAAGGUCAAAUACAAUCAGCAGUCAAUGCAUGAAAAAUUUUGGAAGAUCACUUCUAGGUGGUUACUGUCAUACAUAUAUACCUGAUCUAGUGCUGCAUGGAAUAAAUAAUGAUGAAAAACUCAAGCAGUGUCUACUAGCAGACCUACUUCAUGCAAUGCAUCAUCCAGUGCUAGAUGAGCCCAUAGCAGAAGCCGUCUGCAUUAUUGCAGACACAGAUAAGUGGAACGUACAAGUAGCCACAAGCCAGAGAAAGAUGAUGGACAAUAUGAAGUUAGGCAAGGAUGUUUUGGUUUCAAGUCAAGUAUCCAGUUUAUUGCAGUCUAUUUUACAGCUUUACAAACUCAACGUCCCAGCUGACUUCUGCAUAAUGCAUCUUGAGGAUAGACUACAAGAGAUGUAUCUCAAAAGCAAAAUGCUUUCAGAAUAUCUGCGAGGACAUACAAGAGUGCAUGUAAAAGAACUAGGAAUUGUUUUGGGGAUUGAAUCCAAUGACUUGCCUUUGUUGGCUGCUAUUGCAAGUACUCAUUCCCCGUAUGUUGCUCAAAUACUCUUAUAA